CUUUCACAAUAUUCUCAUUACUGUGAUUUGUGCAUGUUGUUUCUUUCUAUUUUGAGAAUUGGAUUUCAAUACUUUGAUUGUUGUUUGAAACGCAUGAUGAUCAAAGCUAUAAACGGAGAUGUGGAUCUGCUGGGUUUGUUUAUUUUGUUCUUUUUGAUUAAGAUUCAGACUUGGCUUUAUGAUCAGCUCUGUUUUUGUUUUUUGUUUUUUUGUUUAGCAAUGAGAUUGGUUAAUGUAUUUACAUAUAUAUGGACCUGCAUUGUGUAGAUUGAGAUUGGAAAAUAUCUGAUUCUCUCUAUCUAUAAUUAAUUUGUCUUGGGUUGAUUUGUUAGCAUAUAUGUACUAUGUAAUGUAUCUCUGUCAAUGAAUGGCAAUUACAAUAACCUGUGCUUACGCAUGAAAACGCAAAAUUUAGACUACAAUUAGAACUGAUUUGGAUUCUUAUUGUGUUUCGACUUUAAUAUAUUUAUAUAUGAUUACCAUUACCAAUGAGUUAUAGCUCAACUAGUACUUCCUAAUGGGAUGGAUUGGAGGGCGAGGUCAAGGUUCAAGACUCACGGGGUGCAUGUGUAACUCAUCAAUACAAAAAAGAAAGAUGAUUGAUUGCUAGUGUUAUUCGGAUAACAAUAGGGCUAUAAUUAAUUUGUAUCUUAUAAUAAUGGGAGUUCACUACCAUACCAGCAUUCAGAGAAAAUGAAAAUAAGUUGAGGGCAAAGCUGGGAUUCUGCAUUAAUUUUUUUUUUAUUGAUUACUCAUAUAAGAAGGAUAUGCUUAUGUUUGAAGAAAUAGACUAGAAUUAUAAGAAGGAAGUUGAGUAAAUACCUCAAGAAUGGUAUGUGUUCAUGUGCUACAUUGAUAUGUUAGGGUUCUAUGACUGUUUUGGUUGUACGGGAUAGCAUUAAACAAUAUGAUCCAUGCUUGGAGUACAUUGCUAGUUUCCACCUAAAAAUUGUGCAUGUAUGCAUUAUUAUUUUGUAGCAAAAUUGUGAUCUCUCUCUCUUUCUCUGCUGCGUGCUUCAUAGAAAUGAAGAAUAGAGGCCUGUGGUUGAAAUAUAUUCUGGUGUAUCAGUGGUAGAAGUUGCUGGUUGGCAGAUACUAUUCGUUCUAUAUUUAGGACAAGACUAGUUCAUUGGCAAAAUAAAGAAUUUGAAAGAUGCUUUGGGAUUCUGUUAUGAUACCUUCAUCUUAAAUGAAGACAGCUCAUGCAUUUCACCCAGGCAUAAAAGAUAUUAUAAUCAUGUUUGGAUCACGACAGAGACCAAAUUUAAAGAGGCCUACAUGGAUUAUUGUAUUGGUUUCUUUGGUGAGCAUUUUUCUGAUUGCUGCCUUAGUUUACCCACCAAGAAGAUCUGCAGCAUGCUCUCUCUUUUCUUCAAGUGGUUGUGCAAUGAUUAAAGAGCAACCAUAUGUUCCAUCACGGGAAUUAACUGAUGAUGAGACUGCAGCUCAAGUUGUUUUUAGAGAAAUUUUGAAGACACCUCCUGUUCAAUCAAAAACCCCAAAAAUUGCUUUCAUGUUUCUGACUCCUGGUUCAUUACCUUUUGAGAAGCUCUGGGAUAAGUUUUUCCAUGGCCACGAGGACAGAUUCACUGUUUAUGUACAUUCAUCCAAGCAAAAACCAGUACAUGUAAGCCCCUACUUUGUUGGUAAAGACAUUCGGAGUGAGAAGGUGAGCUGGGGGAAAAUUUCCAUGGUUGAUGCAGAGAGGAGGCUUUUGGCAAAUGCACUUACAGACCCUGAUAACCAACAGUUUGUGUUACUGUCUGAUAGUUGUGUACCCCUGCAUAACUUCGAGUAUGUGUAUCACUAUCUAAUGUAUACAAAUGUCAGCUUUAUCGACUGUUUCAUUGAUCCUGGUCCACAUGGAACUGGGAGGUAUUCAGAGCACAUGUUGCCUGAAGUUGAAAAGAAAGAUUUUCGGAAGGCUUCACAGUGGUUUUCCAUGAAGCGGCAGCAUGCUAUCAUGGUUACGGCAGACAAUCUUUACUAUAGGAAAUUCAGGCUUUACUGCAAGCCAAAUAUGGAUGGGCGCAACUGCUAUUCUGAUGAGCAUUAUUUGCCAACUCUUUUUAAUAUGAUUGAUCCCAAUGGAAUUGCAAAUUGGUCUGUAACACAUGUCGAUUGGUCCGAAGGAAAAUGGCAUCCCAAAGCAUAUAGGGCUCGAGAUAUUACUUAUGAGCUCCUAAAGAACAUUACAUCCAUUGACGAGAGCAUACAUGUCACUAGUGAUGGAAAGAAAACUGUAUUGGUCACACCUUGUUUGUGGAAUGGGAUGAAAAAGCCAUGUUUUUUAUUUGGCAGAAAGUUCUAUCCUGAAAGUCUGGAUAAAUUGCUGCACUUUUUCUCCAAUUAUACAACAAUUUAAGCCUUUUCUCUAUCAGCAUUAUUCUUUGCUGGAAUCAACAAUCACAUCAUUUGAUUCUAGCCCUCACCUUUGUUACCCCAGAUAAUGUUUGGAUAAAGAUUGUGAGGUUCACUUUCCAGAUAAUCUGGGUGCUUCACUAUAUAUAAAAAGUUUUAGCUGAAAGGAGGCAAGAAGCUGAACGGUCAAGAUUUUGAGGAGGCUGCCAGCUUGUCAUUGAUUUUUCCAUUUGUCGCUGAUUCAUAGUUUUCUGCCUAUUUGUUUGGGGUUAUAUAUAUUCUGAACAUAAAAUUUUUAUUUUUAAUUUAAUUAAUGGAUUUUUUUUUAU